CUUAUGCUCAGUGCGGGCGGCCGGGAGCUCAGUGCUGUGCGGACCGCGGUUCGGCUGGAUGAUUCCUCGGACGCUUUGGAUUAUCGCUGUGUGUUGUGCCCGGGGAGGCUGAGGACGCGGUACCGGAGGAGCUGGCUUGUCUCUGGGGCUUUCUGCAUGUCCGCGGUGUUGGAUGGUGACAUUUCGUACGACCCCUUGAAGACGGUGUAGAGCCGGGAGGACUGGGCUUGUAAAUGGAUCGCCAAGCUAGCCUGAUCUCCAUCUGGCUGCAACUGGAGCUCUGUGCCAUGGCCAUACUGCUCACUAAAGGAGAAAUCCGAUGCUACUGUGACGCUCCGCACUGUGUUGCAACUGGAUACAUGUGUAAAUCGGAACUGAACGCCUGCUUCUCCAGGCUGCUGGACCCGCAGAACCCCAAUUCACCCCUCACACACGGCUGCCUGGACUCUAUUGCAAAAACGACAGAGAUGUGCAAAGCCGCCCCAGACGAGAAGAGCGGCGCCACCGUGCCCAAACUGGAGUGUUGCCACGAGGACAUGUGCAAUUACAGAGGUCUUCACGAUGUUCUCCCCCACCCCAAGAGUGAAACAUCAGGUGGUGGUAGCAAGUACCAACACGAAAGCACAAGGAACCUCAUCACAAAGGUCCAAGAGCUUACGUCCUCCAAAGAACUGUGGUUUAGAGCUGCUGUCAUCGCCGUGCCCAUUGCUGGUGGAUUGAUAUUGGUGCUUCUCAUAAUGCUUGCGCUAAGGAUGCUCCGCAGCGAGAACAAGCGAUUACAGGACCAAAGACAACAGAUGCUCUCCAGACUGCACUACAGCUUUCACGGACACCAUUCCAAAAAGGGACAAGUGGCCAAGCUAGACUUGGAGUGCAUGGUACCAGUGACGGGCCAUGAAAACUGUUGCUUGACUUGUGAUAAAAUGAGGCACACCGACCUCGGCAAUGACAAAAUCAUAUCUUUGGUUCAUUGGGGGAUGUAUAGUGGGCAUGGAAAGCUGGAAUUUGUAUGACCACAUUGAGGAGGCGUAGGAGGAUCCAGUAGACUUCGCCUUACUCGGUUCUGCUGGAUAGAAGCACUUUAUCUUUUUUUACAAAGACAUUAAACUUUCAUCCUAGGAGAAAUAUGGGAUCUUGCGCAGGCAGAAUACCUGAUGUUACUUGUGAAAGAUUCCUGAAGACGUCUUAUUUGCACAAGGGUGAAGCCGAGGACUUAUUUGAGUUAUUUCUUUAAACUAAUGCAGGAAGCGAGAUGUAGAGGUUGUACACACUGUCACCAAUGUUUUCUUACAUUUGGGGAGCUAAUAUUGGUCAUUGAAAUAAACUGUACACAAUGUACAUGUUUCUAUAUGUUUAAUGUAAAGAUUUUUUUUUUUUAAAUAUAUAUAUUUUGUCUGAAA